CCAUAUAAAAUGUUCAGAUUUGCUACCCGUGCCGUCCGUGCUCCAGUUGCCAGACUCCCAUUGACCUCUUUCGUCCAACCAGUCCGUUUCUACGCUGUUGCCCCAAUCAGCAAGGAUGAAGUCACCAAGCGUUCUUUUGAAGCUUUGAAGACUGUUGCUGCUUUGCAAGAAUCUGCCAUUUCCCUUGAAUCUUCUUUCCAAAAGGACUUGAAGUUGGACUCCUUGGACACCGUUGAAGCCUUGGUUGCCUUGGAAGAAGAAUUCGACUUGGAAAUCCCUGACAGUGUUUCUGAUGAAAUCAAGACUGUUGGUGACGCUGUUGACUACAUCUUCCAAGAAGAACAAAAGUUGUAAGAAGCUUUAAUGUGACUAAUUACAUUAGCGUGUUUCUAACUUUCUCGAUCCCACCAAUUUCUUGUCAUUCCACAUCAUCAUGAUAAAUUAACCAGUACUUUGAAUGAAUUUAAUGAAGUUAUCCUUUAUGGAUUAUUUUUUUAAUUAAAAACUUUUAUAGUACAUACCCACUAUCAUCACCU